AUGAAAGGAGACGCAGGUCUAGCAGGGCUCCCCGCUGUGAACAGUAGAUCCCAUGAUGUUUCUGACCCUGAGAAAAUACAGGAGAGGGGCCAGUGGAGCAAUAAACUGGAGUUUGUGUUAUCUGUAGCUGGGUCCAUCAUUGGACUGGGUAACAUGUGGCGUUUCCCGUACCUGUGCUAUAAGAAUGGAGGAGGUGCCUUUCUCAUUCCGUAUCUGAUUUUCCUGUUCACCUGUGGGGUCCCUGUAUUUUUCUUGGAGACAUCUUUGGGACAGUUCACAAGUGAAGGAGGCAUCACUUGCUGGAGAAAAAUAAGCCCCCUCUUUGAGGGUAUAGGAUAUGGUACACAGGUCAUUGUGGUCCUACUGAAUUUUUACUAUAUCAUAGUUCUGGCCUGGGCUAUUUUCUACCUGUACUUCUCCUUCUCAUGGGAACUGCCAUGGUCCUCCUGCACCAACACCUGGAAUACAGAAACUUGUGUGGAACUACAUAGAAGAAAUGAUUCAGUCAACUUUACACAGCCCACCAAUGCCACAUCUCCUGUCAUAGAGUUUUGGGAGAGAAGAGCUUUACGGCUCUCCUCAGGCAUCGAUAACAUGGGCUCUCUCAACUGGGAUUUGGCUCUCUGUCUAUUGAUAGCUUGGGUGUUGUGCUACUUCUGCAUUUGGAAAGGUGUCAAGUCCACUGGAAAGGUGGUGUACUUCACUGCUACCUUUCCCUAUGUCAUGCUUGUGGUUCUGCUCAUUCGAGGGGUUACGUUGCCGGGGGCUGCCAAUGGUAUUAAAUUCUACUUGUAUCCAGACCUGGGACGUCUAGCAGAUCCUCAGGUUUGGAUGGAUGCAGGGACACAAAUCUUCUUCUCCUAUGCCAUCUGCUUAGGGUGCCUCACAGCUUUGGGGAGCUACAACAAGUAUAACAACGACUGUUACAGAGACUGCUUGGCCUUAUGCUUUUUGAACAGCGGAACAAGCUUUGUUGCUGGAUUUGCAAUAUUCUCUAUACUGGGGUUCAUGUCUUUUGAGCAGAAUGUGCCCAUCUCAGAAGUAGCAGAAUCAGGACCUGGUCUCGCCUUCAUAGCAUAUCCUCGUGCCGUGGCUAUGAUGCCCUUUUCCCCUCUGUGGUCCUGUUUUUUCUUCAUUAUGAUUGUCUUACUGGGCCUGGACAGCCAGUUUGUGUGUGUUGAGAGCUUGGUAACAGCCAUUGUGGACAUGUAUCCUGCCGUGUUUCGCCGUAAGCAUCGCAGAGAACUGUUCCUGCUGGCUGUGUCUUUAGUCUCCUUCCUGAUGGGCCUAGUCAUGCUAAUGGAGGGGGGAAUGUAUGUCUUCCAACUCUUUGACUACUAUGCUGCAAGUGGCAUGUGUCUUCUCUUCAUGGCCAUAUUCGAGACAGUUUGCAUCGCUUGGGCCUAUGGUGCUGAUCGCUUCUAUGAUGAUAUUGAGGAUAUGAUUGGCUAUCGUCCAGGACCUGCUAUCAAAUACUGCUGGCUAUAUAUCACCCCAGUUACCUGCAUUGGGACCUUUGCUUUCUCUCUUAUCAAAUACACUCCUCUCAAAUACAACAAUGUAUAUGUGUAUCCUUGGUGGGGUUAUAUGGUGGGCUGGCUGCUGGCUCUGGCCUCCAUGAUUUGUAUCCCACUUUGGAUGGUUUUCAAAAUCAGCACCACGGAAGGAACACUGAGAGAACGAAUUAAAAUCCUUGUCAGACCAUCCUCUGAUUUACCCAAAACAAGAAAGGAACAGGAGAGACUUCUGGCUAUCUUUGCCCCAGAAGAACCAGAUUCUCCCAACAGAGAAGACCUCCCCACACAUGAGAAAGACUCCGGGUGUUAG